CCUGCUGGACUCCUGUGAAUAUUUAAUAAUAUCUUCCAACAGGAGAUCGCCCAGAGUUGAGCAGUUUUAAGGCUGGGGUGUUAAUCUCAAGUUAGCAGGCCCUAAUUUAGAUCAACAAAAUAAAUGGUUAUAUAAUCCCCGCACAAAGUUAUCAGUAAAUCCGAUUUAAUAUUUUAUUUUUUAUGACUCAUGUAUUUCUUGAAAAUAAAUACACUUCCCCAACUUCAAAAGUGGAUUCUUUACUGUCUAAAAAAUUACGAAUAGGACAGUGUGACAUGUCAACAAGUGGGUGCAAACUGAGGAGGAAGUGAAUUCACCUGGAGGAAGGUUCAGCAAACGGAUUUUAAUCAAAACGUAGGGUACGAAACGACCAAACAACCCCACAAAAGUUACGAAGUGGCGUUACCAAAGAUGGCGGCAGGGGAAUAAUGGACAGCAGUAGAAAUGUUCUCUCCCACCACCUCCACCCAUGCUUGCUUUCAACGCAGAGAAACAUCUGGCCUCAGAACUGCUUCUUUACCCGAAGACGUGGUGUACGAAAUGACCACAUAUGCAAAGUUCCGAAAUGGCGACGAAAUGAGUUCAUCUCCUUGGACGUAAAAGCGGCGGCGGACGCUGCUCCGUGUUUUGUGAUCGUUUGGUCGCUAGAUGGCGCAAGUGUCCCAGCUUCCUUGGGAUUAGCGGCAGAUUGCAGCUUGCAUCCCUUUUGCGUUACAUCAUCAAGUGGCUUCAAAGCUGCAAACCAUGAAAUGGCAUUCAAAGGCAAAGCGGUCGACUCAAAGACCGUGCUGCUCAAUCUGCUGCUGUGCCUGCUCAUAUUUUACUCCCUUUUCUACAUGAUCGGGAGUGUGUGCUUCGGUGCUUUCAGGUUGGAUCAGUUUGACGGGCUGAUUCCAUUCGAUUUUAAAACUGAACCUGCUGAGUCUAACUCCAAAUACCUGGUCAACCUCCUCUCCUUGGAGCUGACCUACUUUUGUAGUGGCAUACUGUUUGCUGCAGUGGUGAAGAGGCGGGUUUGGGACUACGCCCUCACUGUCACACUUCUUCAUGUCAUGAUCACCAGCCUGGUGAUGUUGGAGUUUCCUACAGUUUGGCAGUGGUGGCUGGCUUUAGUUAGCGGCUUGUUUUUGAUGAUUUGCAAUGGUCAGCUGAUUGCUUACUUCACAUGUCAGAGUGAGCAGAGCUACGCCACCUUCAGCUACUACUGACAAGCUGGAAAGGCAAAAAAUUAGGAUAACAUCAGCUCAUUUAAAUUAUUCUGUUAAAAAGGUUAAACUUGUGUUUAUAUACAUUUACUACACACAGAGUGAUCUAUUUCAAGCUUUUAUUACUGUUAAUUUUGAUGAUUAUGUUUUACAGUUAAUAAAAGCCCCAAAUUCUGUCUCUUAGAAAAUUCAAAUAUUACAUAAAACCAGUGAAAUUGAUUGUUAAAAUGUAAAAGACUGCUAGCAGAUCCUCCAGUUUGGGGUAAGUCAACAAAGGUCAUUGUUAGAGAAGCUGACUCCUGACAGACUGCUGUAUCCAAGCAUAUCAAUGGAAAGUUUAGUGGAAAGAAAAUAGUAAUACUAGAAAAGUAGGAAAAGGGGUGAUUACAGUGAAGUCAAGUGUUUAGUGGGAGAUUUACAAGACUUGGACAGUAGUUGAAUUCAGAGCUUCAUGAUCUUCCACUGACAGAAUAUGGGCUACAACUGUCCUGUUCUCAUGUUUAGUCACCCCCAAACCAGAAACAACAAAAACCUCCAAACUGGGCAAAAGAGAAAACCCACUGGUCUCAGCAUGGACUGGUUACUGGUAUUAAAGCUUCAGCUGGUAACUUUUAUUAAGAAAAUAUGUUUUUUUUUUUUUUACAUAUUUGUUGAAACUGUCACCAUGUUGUGACUGUAUAAUAUGAGACUGAUAAUCUGUGAAAAGAUCAAGCUCCUCUGCCUCCUCCCAGUGGUCCUACUGUUACCUGCAGAAAUUCUCAGCUCAGUCAGAAACAACCAAUCAGAACUAAGAGGAGGGGCUUAGCACUUUCAGUCAUGCUUGUGUAUGCGCUGCUCACACUUUCCUCCACUGCCAUGUAUGCUCGGGCUAGUUAGCUUAGCCACAUAUGAUGGAUAAACAGUUCCCUGAAACAGUAAGUUGUUUCUCUGCCAUUAGCACAUUGAGCAGUGCGUACAUAAGGGUGAUUGACAUUGCUAAGACCCUCCUCUGGGCUCUGAUUGGUUGUUUUUGACUGAGCUGUGACUUUCAGAUAGCAGUACGAUCACUGGGAGGAGGCAGAGGAGCUUGAUUGACAAUCUGAAAUUCACAGCUCAGUCAAAAACAAUCAGGGAAACAACAAACAACUUGCUGUUUCAGAAAACUGUUUAUCUGUCAUCUGUGGCUAAGCUAACUAGCCCAAGCAUUCACGGCAGUGGAGGAACGUGUGAGCAGCGCAUACACAAGCAUGACUGAAAGUGCUAAGCCCCUCCUCUUAGCUCUAAUUGGUUGUUUCUGAUUGGAGUAGAGGAUUUAUGUAGAUGGCAGUAAGACCACAGUGAGAAGGCAGAGGGGCAAACAUUUUUUCACAGAUUAUCUGUCUCAUACUGUCACAACAGAGACAGUUUUAACAAAUAUGUAAAAAAAAAAAAAUAAUUUUUAAAUAAAAGUUAUCAACUGCAGCUUUAAGGUUUACCAAGGCUUUAAACAGUUACAGUUUCAAAACCGCCAAAGCUUUCCAUCAUACUAUUCUCAUUGGUUAUGGUUCUUUCAGUGAGAUGCCAGAGAAAGUAGUGGAGUGAUGGGAUUUCUCUCUGGCUUUAGGGGUCACAGAAGAACAGAGUGCGCCCCUCCCCUACAUGUUGCUACACACUACCAGUUAGCAGCCUAAAAAAGGUUGAUUUGUUUUCCUUCACUGACAAGAAAUACAAAUCUGGCUAUUUGGAAAUGUUUCUGCUGUGAUAAACACAGACAAUCAUGGUGAGGGUUCCUUUUGCUUGACUUAUUUCAUGGAGGCGACCAGUCUCUGCUUUUGUGUUAAUAGUUUCCUUUCUGUCACUCGUAUCCAUUUUAUGGAUUUCAUGUCUCAUAUUUGCCUUUUUUUACAGCGAGCCGUUGAUUCUCUGUGACAGUGGUGCCUAAGUCCAGUCCUCGAGAUCUACCGUCCUAAAACGUUUAGAUUCCUCUCUUCUCCAGCACACAUGAAUCAAAUGCCUCGAUAACAGGCACCUGUAGAGCUAAAAGAUACUGACAAGCCAUUUGAUUCAAGCGUGUUGAAAAGAAGGGAUCUACAAGUUAUGUACUUUUUCAAAAAAUUCAUUAUUUCUGGAGCUGCUAAAAUAUUGUAGUUAAUUUUUAUUAUUUUAAUACUGUUGGUUGUAUAAUUUAAGAAAAAUAUGUUACCAUAACCGUCCAUGUUUCUUGCAACCAAGCAGACUGUCUUCCUUGUAGGGAGGGAAAGCCUUUCUGAGGCAGCUAACUAGCAGUGUGCAGAAACAUGUAGGGGAGGGGAGCACUGUGUUGUUUCCUUAUAACCAGAGAACAGUCCAGUCACUGCAGCGGUUUCUCUUGAAUCUCAAUAAAAGGACUUAAACAUGGAGAAAAGUUUGACUGAAAAUGUUCGCAGUUCUGACACUGUAACUGUGAAAAACCUUUGGAACAACUUGAUACCGGUAACUGGGCCAUGUCUAGUCCGGUUCUCGUUCUAUUAGCCCAG